AUGCCACGUAUGCGCAAGGGAGGCUGCUGGGUCUGCUCCAAGCGCAAGGUCAAGUGUGACAGUUCAGCUCCUAAUCCCUGCGCGAACUGUGAAAGACGCGGGGUGCAGUGCCAGUACGAGCAGCCCGGUCGCGGGUCAGUCAUUUUGCAGCAGGGAACCGGUCCCCGAUCCCGGUACAUGACUGAGGCAGGCAUUCCACGGGAUAGAGCACAGAGAGCGUGUCUGAACUGCGCUGCGCGCAAGCUCAAGUGCUCCAGCGACCCAAUCGGUUGCCAAAGAUGUCUGCAGAACGAACUUGUGUGUACUUACCCUGAGACGAAACGCGCUGCCAAACGGCCUGCCGAGCCUCGUCAAGGAGAUGCCAAGUCACCCAAGAUAGGUUCAGCGCAACCGAAUCACCUGUAUGAUGAUGACAGAAACGAGUCACCAACCUCGGAACGCGAUCUUCCUCAGGCAGAUUUCGUGGGUGUAUCUCGGCGUCAACACCCCAGCCUUAUCACGAACGAUAUAAUUCAUCCCAAGGAGAUGAUUAGGGCCCUUAUAGAUGCCUAUUUCGAGUUCGUAUACCCAUUAACAAAUCAUGGGUUUAUCCAUCAGGGCAGACUGCUUGAGGAACUAGACGAAGAGAAAGCGCCCGUCGUGCUGCUUAAAGCUAUGGCAGUCUCUGCUUCACAUUUUGUCGAGACUUCUGCAGACAUGACGAAACAAGCCACCCAGUGGGCUGACGAUGUUGAUACCUACAUCAUGGCAAAUAUGGGCUCGUACUCCCUCCUUAACCUGCAGGUUUUAGUACUGUGGGCUAACUAUUAUUACACUACCGGAAACAUGGGAAAGACGUGGAUGUUGGUUGGAUUAGCUGCACGAUUGGCUUACUGUCUACAGAUCAAUGUGGAAUCAGCAAAUGGGUCACCCAGUGAGAAAGAGAGUCGGAGGCGCAUGAUGUGGAACCUCCGCAUACUGGACCGGCUGCUCGCUGGAACUGUCGAAGAGUUUUCUGUGUGCUCAAAGUACAUAGAUAACCUACGGUUGCCCUGCAAUGAACACUUCUUCAUGGCUGAGAUUGAGGUUGAGACAGACACUUUGCAAUCCUUUACCAGCCACCAGGAAGUCCGAAACAUCAGUGGCUUUGCUGCCCUAGUUGGGUUGUUUGAAAUAUGGCGCGAGAUUCAUCUGUUCAUGAAGAGAGUCUCACAAAUGAUGAUCCAAGUCGAUGAAAUGGUGCAGCAAGUCUCUGCCCUUCACACGAAGCUCUCCGACUUUGAGCAACGACUUCCCUCAAACCUGAGAUUCACAAAGCAGAAUUUAUACCUUCACACCAAUGCGGCAGAAAAGGAGACUUUCAUCAUGUUAAAGUCCUGGUGGCACGAGUGUUACUGUAACUUAUACCGCUUUAGCCUCCCUGGGUUCCGCGAGUCCGUCAAGCUCACCUCUGCAAAUGCGCCCUUUAUACAGACAUGCCGCCAGCAGGUGCUCAAGUCAUCUUUGGAGCAGAGUAUCUUUUGGCGGAGUAUUGCCAACAUUCGAGGUGCUCGACUGAGCGAUCCCAUCGUAAUCGUUCUAGUGCAUUCCAAUACUAAAACGCUUCUCGCCAUCCAAAAGUUGCCAGAAGCUGAUCCUCUUAAACAAGAUUAUCGGAUGAGCGAGAUCCCCGCUUUAUUGGCAUCUAACAUCUCCUCCUUGGAUUGGCUGGCAAGUCGAAUGCCGAGGAUUGCGACAGUGCAACAAGGAAUUCGGAACAUCAUCCGUAGGAACAUUGGCCACGCUUCUGCUGAAAGCAUCAUAGAUGCUGGAUUGCCUCUGAAGCGACGUCAUUCUCGCCAGGAACUCGUCGAGAGACAUACAGAUGAACAAGAAACACAAAUACAAGCUGUUAGUGGAGGGGAAUACAGAGACACGGUAGACACCGUUGUCUCACCAACAAUUGUUGUAGAGGACCUAAACGGUAGAUUUGAGGUCACGCAACGCAUGGAUGUGGAAGCAGAUGCUUUACGAAACAGACCGAUAGAUGGGUCUGGUUGGGUUAGACGCGAUGAUGGGCCAGAGAAUAUGCCUUCUCAAGGCCACGUGGAUGAUGCACCCAUACUAGGAGUGUACGACGAUGAAGCCAUAAAAGGUAUGGCAGGAUAUGUUGCUUCAUUUGAGAUGAGUUCACAGUAUGACAUGCUAUUUGGAGCCUGGUUGCCAGGAAGCGAGGAACAACCGAGCACUGGCAAUUUCUGGACCCUCUUCUAA